CCGCCGGACCACCUGCAGCCUCACGGCCGCGCAUCACCCAUCCGCGAGCGCGCAAAACGAAGCGUAGAGGAGGCGCUCUUGUGCGUGUUGUGCACCUGCGCGUCGCGGAACACCAGCUUAGACCUUGAGGAGCGCCGGACCCUGCUCAUCACUUUCGCUCAUCUGCCGCUUUUGUGUGUGACAAUUGGACGCAGACGACGCGCACCACUUGGCGGAGUGUUUUUGUCCCCCCUCUCCCGAAGAAAAGGAAAAACACAUGAGGAUGCUGCAACAGCGAGGAUGAGAGGAGACUUUUGUCGCAAAUCCUAAGUGCUCUUUUUUAGGGGCGGAUUUUUAUUCCCCAUACUUUCAUAAAAAGUGGAUCGGGUGACUUUACAAGCAUGCAACGCACUUGGAGGUUUGGGACUACUUUGGAAUACUGGACGUGGCUGCUUGCGUGUCUCUUGUGGAUUCAGUACUCGUGCGGGAUGCCACACGUCAUCCGAAUAGGCGGGAUUUUCGAGCAAACGGAUGGACCCGUCUCUCUGGUCAGCGCCGAGGAGCUGGCCUUCAAAUUCGCAGUCAACAACAUCAACAGAAACAGGACUUUGCUGCCCAACACCACACUGACGUACGACAUACAAAGGAUUAACAUCUACGACAGCUUCGAGGCAUCCAGGAAAGCUUGCGAUCAGCUGUCUCUCGGCGUGGUGGCCAUCUUCGGGCCGUCGCACAGUUCGUCGUCCAAUGCCGUGCAGUCCAUUUGCAAUGCGCUGGAAGUGCCGCAUGUGCAGGUGCGCUGGAAGCACCACCCCAUGGACAACAGGGACACCUUUUACGCCAACUUGUACCCUGACUACUCGUCACUUAGCUACGCCAUCCUGGACCUGGUGCAGUUCCUCAAGUGGAAGACCGCCACUGUGGUUUACGACGACAGCACCGGUCUGAUUCGACUACAGGAGCUGAUCAUGGCACCGUCCAGGUACAACAUUCGCCUGAAGAUCCGGCAACUGCCCGUGGACACGCAGGACACCAGGCCCCUCCUCAAGGAGAUGAAGAGGAGUCGCGAGUUUCGCAUCAUUUUCGACUGUAGCCACCAGAUGGCCGCGCAGAUCCUCAAGCAGGCCCAGACCAUGGGGAUGAUGACAGAGUACUACCACUACAUCUUCACCACUCUGGAUCUGAUGGCCAUUGAUUUGGAGCCGUACCGCUUUUGUGGCGUCAACAUGACUGGUUUCCGCAUCCUGAACGUGGACAAUCCACUGGUGUCAUCCAUCGUGGACAAGUGGUCCAUGGAAAGGCAGAUAGCGCCUAAACCGGACUCGGGCCUUCUGGAGGGCAUCAUGACGACAGAUGCGGCUCUGACCUACGACGCCGUCCACAUCGUGUCCGUCUCCUACCAGCACGCGCCGCAGAUGACGGUCAACUCUCUUCAGUGCCACCGCCACAAACCCUGGAGAUUCGGCGGCCGCUUUAUGAGUUUUAUCAAAGAGUCGCACUGGGAUGGACUGACUGGCAGACUCUCGUUCAACAAGACAACUGGAUUGCGAACAGACUUUGACCUGGACAUCAUAAGUCUGAAGGAGGACGGACUUGAAAAGGUUGGCAAGUGGAGUGCCCUGGGAGGUCUUAACAUCACCGAGGUGCCCAAGCGGAAAGGGAUGAACAUCACAGACUCACUGGCCAACCGCUCCCUCGUCAUCACUACUAUCCUCGAGGAGCCAUAUGUCAUGCUUAAGAAAUCUGACAAGGCACUGAUGGGGAACGACCGCUUCGAAGGCUUCUGCGUGGACUUGCUUAAAGAGCUGGCCGCCGUGCUGGGUUUCGCCUAUGAGAUCCGAUUGGUCCCCGACGGGAAGUACGGCUCCCAGGACGACAAGGGCCAGUGGAACGGCAUGAUCCGGGAACUCAUUGAGCAUCGAGCCGACUUGGCGGUGGCACCCCUCACCAUCACUUACAUGCGUGAGAAGGUGGUGGACUUCACCAAGCCCUUCAUGAGCAUGGGCAUCAGCAUCCUUUACCGCAAGCCCAACACCACCAACAACGGCUUCUUCUCUUUUCUCAACCCCAUGACGCCCGACAUUUGGAUCUACAUCCUGCUAGCCUACCUGGGAGUCAGCUGCGUCCUUUUUGUCAUUGCCAGGUUCAGUCCUUACGAAUGGUACGACGCCCACCCCUGCAACCCGGGUUCAGAUGUGGUGGAGAACAACUUCACGCUGCUGAACAGCUUCUGGUUCGGAGUUGGCUCCUUGAUGCAACAAGGCUCCGAGUUGAUGCCCAAGGCCUUGUCGACCCGGAUCAUAGGCGGCAUCUGGUGGUUCUUCACGCUGAUCAUCAUAUCUUCCUACACGGCCAACUUGGCGGCGUUCCUCACCAUCGAGAGGAUGGAUUCGCCGGUGGACUCAGCUGAUGACAUCGCCAAGCAGACCAAGAUCGAAUACGGUGUGGUUCGCGAUGGCGCCACGAUGACUUUCUUUAAGAAAUCCAAGGUCUCCACUUUUGAGAAGAUGUGGGCCUUCAUGAGCAGCAAGCCGAGCACGUCGCUGGUCAAGUCCAUCGAGGACGGCAUUCAGCGGGUGCUCAAAUCGGAUUAUGCCCUCAUUAUGGAGUCCACCACCAUUGAUUACAUCACCAGGCACAACUGCAACCUGACGCAGGUUGGAGGCCUCAUCGACAGCAAGGGCUACGGGAUCGGCACUCCCCUCGGUUCGCCGUAUAGGGACAAAAUUUCCAUCGCCAUUCUGAACAUCAUGGAGGACGGUCGUCUUCAUAUGCUAAAAGAAAAGUGGUGGAGCGGUAACAGCUGCUUGGACGACGAGCGUCGGGAGACGGGUCCCAUGGGAAUCCAGAACCUGGGCGGCAUAUUCAUCGUGCUGGCAUCCGGCCUGGUGCUGUCGGUCUUUGUGGCCAUUGCAGAGUUUGUCUACAAACUGAGGAAGACGGCAGAGCGAGAACAGGUCUUUGUGCAGUGCCAUGGUGGACGAGAUCAGACUGUCGUUCACCUGCGAGAGGCGUGUGAAACACAAGCCGCCGCCGCCGGCCGCUGUGAAGACGGACGCGGUGAUCAACAUGCACGCCUACAACGACCGCCGUCUCCCCGGAAAGGACAACCUGAGCUGCAGCGCUGGGAUGACCCCCGUCUUUCCGUGAGCUUGCGCUCCCCGCAGGGCAAAAGCCUCCUGAGCAACGUGUCAGGGGCUCUGCCCGAGACUAGAGACAACGGCAUCGACGGGAUCCUACGGUUCUCUAUGAACCACAGCGACACGGGGACGCUGACUAAACACGGACAACUCAAAAUGGCGGCGUCGGCCACGCAGGUAUGACAACACGGACCCGAAGAAAGUGUGAGAUGUUCUUACAAAUCAGUUCCUCGGAGAAGAAGUCAUCGGGCCGACGUUUAAGUGCGCAACACAAAAACGACGCUCUACAAAUCAGCUGACAGACUGGAUCGAGAAAAAAAAAGAAGGCAAUAAAUACCAGGCAUACUAUCAAUUUCGGUUGUUACGUUACCUCAGACUGCGUUGAGUAACGAACCUCAUGACGGAAAGACGGUUCUUCCUUUACCCGCAGUUGAAACAUCUAUUUUGAGGUUGUGUAACUACACGACAAAGUCAGACGCAAGAAUCUAAAUCACCGAUGCGAGGUAAAGCCGCAUUCGUCUCCGUGUUGUUACGGGAUUUCCAUGUAUUUAAACCCAAGUAGGCCUCACGCGAGCAUGACUUUUUACAAGAGUGGACUGUUCAUCUGUUUAAAGAAAAAAAAAUCUUGCCAAAGAUGUGACCCUUCAACAGAAAACCGGUGUUCGAUGUGAUUCUGCAGUUUAUGACGAGAAACAGAUCGAUCAGAAAAUCAAGCAUAGAUCUGAAAUGGUCGGAUUUACAUUGCAGGUUCAAGUGCCAGGUCUCAGUUUUAAUCCCUGUCCUUGAAUAUUUGCAAAUAAUUGAAACUCAUUGUAAAAUGAAUACAAAUAAUAAGAGCCACUUUAAUCGUGCAGUGUAAAUCCAGUUUAAAUUGUUAUUUUUUUAGCUAAACUAUCUGGUCAAUCCGUCACAUAAAACUGAAAACUAGACUAUCAGUAAAAGAAGAGGCAUUCUCCAUUAAACUACGAGCGACUGGUGGGCAUAACAAUCAGUUCAGAUUUUUUUAACGCAAAAGGCAAAAUGGCGCGUAUGGCUCGGUGAUCUUCAACAGAUGCGCGACUGGUUCACUCAAGAAGAAUCGACGACUGGGGGUCCUCAGUUUAACAGUUGUGUAACUAUUUCCGCGAAAUUACCCAAAUUUGUACGAUACGCGCCAUAGAAUUAAUUACAAUAAAUAUUUGUAUGAAAAAAUACGAACCAAGAACGCGCGACCAAAUGCAUUUAAGCUAACGUUUCACGCUCCAUGCAAUUUAUCAUCUAGAAAUUCUGCAAUUAAAUGUUUUUCAACUGAAAAAAAAUUGAGUGAUAACAAUUUUAGUGUCCUUAACAAGAACAGCAAGAACAAAGUGGGAAAAAUUUUGAGCACGCCCUGGACAUUCUAAUGAGAACACUAUAAUUAUUAGAGUUGUCCGAUAUUGUCAAACUCCAAAAAUCCGAUACCGAUAUAUGCGUUCAUGUUCUUACUCUAGAUAACUUUUCAACCUUUAUAAAAUAUUUUCAUAACAUUUGUGAUGAUAUAUUGAGGAACAACUAGUUGAAUGACACCUCUUUUAUAUCAUGAGAGGGUCUGUAUCGCUUUCACCGGUACUAAUAAACAUUGAGGAGGGCGGCAGGAACCCUGCCACACAAAAAAACUACAAAUGUGGUGACUGCUUUACGGCAUACGUCAUUUCCCCCUUUCCCCAUUCAUUAUAAAGACAGAAGUCGAUGUUAACGCUUUGGCGUGAAUUCUGCAAAGAUGGCAGAGCAACAGACAAAAAGUUUUAUCUGAGGAAGAAAAAGGGAGGCUACCAGGAAAUACAUAAUAAACAUUGCUCUGCUUUCACUAGCUGGCAUAACGCUCCCUUCACCCCCAACCGAACUCGUCAGCGCUGACGAGUUCAAGUGAAAUGGCUAAGCUACAUGGUUGCUAACCGUCAUGUGCUAUUGUUUAGCCACAACUGAAUUCAUUAGCUUAUUACUUUUCAUCCUUCACACAGACGCUGUAAACAAAAAUGAUUUUUAAUCCAUCCAACACUAUGCGAGUGUGCACUUGGUCCUCAUGGUAAAAGGCAAAACACUACCGCUUUUGUCAUCACUAAUAUUGACCAAAACUGAAAAGUUACCAAGUGUUGUUUUAACAUAUUCAUUAUUUUUCAAUCAGUUAUUGUUCAUUUAAUUGUUGCACUAUGAAUGCAAAUGCUCUGCUUACAUACAGUGGUAUGAAAAAGUAUCUAAACCUUGUCUCACAUUUCUGCAUAAAAUCACCAUCAAAUGUGAUCUGAUCUUUGUCAAAGUCACACAUAUGAAAAAACAGUCUGCUUUAACUAAAACCACCCAAACAUUAAUUGGUUUUCAUAUUUUGAUAUUAAAAAUAUUUAAUAUUUUAAUAUUUUAUUAUGUAUAAAGCUGGGAAAGGAUAUAAAACCAUCUCUAAAAGUCUGGAUGUUCAUCAAUCGCCAGUCAGAGAAGUUGUCUACAAAUAGAGAGAGUUUGACACUGUUGCUUCUCUCCCAAGGAGUGGCCGUCCACCAAAGAUGAUGCCUAGAGUUCAGCGCAGAAUACUCAGGUAGAAAAGAACCCGAGAGUGUCUGCUAAAGACUUACAGAAAUCACUGGCAGAGUCCAAUAUCUGUGCACACAUCAACUAUAUGUAAAACUAUGGCCAAGAACGGUGUUCAUGGGUGGACUCCAGGGAGGAAGCCACUGCUGUCUAAAAAAACAUUGUUGCUCGUUCAAUGUUCGCAAUAAGGCACUUGGACACUCCACAGUAUGGACACUAUGCUGUCAUUUUAAUCUGUUUAAGGGGGACAUGUGCGUUAAAUGCGUCAAAUAUUUUAACGUGACUAAUUUAAAAAAUUAAUUACCGCCCGUUAACGCGAUAAUUUUGACAACCCUAAUCAGAUCACAUUUGAUGGUGAUUAUAUGCAGAAUUGUGAGAAAUUCAGGUUCAGAUACUUUUUCCUACCUGUGUAACAAAUCCCCAGCAUCUUAGUUUGGCAACACCUAAUGCUUUGCUAAGCUGUGAUCAGCCCUUGUACAAAGGCAGAAUGCUUCUUUGUUCACUUGGAAGGCAACAUGCAUAUUAGCUCAUAACUGAUAAUGAAAAACCGAUGUCGAUAUCAUCCGAUAUCAUUUUAAAAUGCUUUUAUCAUGCAAACGGACAACUCUAAUAAUUAUAAUAGGAUACUAUAGUUCAUAACAACUUCGUAAACAGAGCCCCACCCCUCGUACGUCGUUUGUUAUCAAAGUUCAACAUCCCGAUCUUCACAUCCUAUUCAACCUCACGCCUGUUCAAGUGGACCUAUCGGCCGGGAGUUCAGCAAGUGUCGCCAGAGCGUGGGUGAACCUCUGUGAGGUUUGCAAAAUACAACAAUAUGUAUAAAGAAGGGAAAAAAAACAGUUAAAAAAAAAUCUAUCUUGAGUGUGUAAAAUUUAGCAUUGGUCAAGUUAGCGACCCGUUGUAAAAUUGUUUAUCCAACCCCUUCUGCAAAGUAGAGUGUGUAGAUAAGAUGAGCAGGAGACAAAUGUAUUUUGCUAAAAUUUAUACGUGUUAUAAAGGAACUCACAGUCAAAAUGUCAUAGAUGCUAUUUAUUUCAAUAGAGAGCUCACUUUAACCCACUUCCUCACUUUGUCCCCCAUCUACCGAGCCCCCGAUCGUAUUUAUUAUUUAACGGAAAUGCAUUAUAUUACGGUUAUAUUAUGGUUUGAAGUCAGUCAGGUGGGAAAAUAAUCUAUGUAAAUGUUUUUUAUGGUUGGUAUAUUUAUACACGCUAACACGUGGGAUGAAAACAUGCAUCGUCUUUGUGAGAGUACAGCUUAACUGAUGUAUUCCCCUUAGCAAGACAAUAACGUCUGAUAUACACGUGUGGCUAAAAGUAUUGCAACCCGUCAGGUAAUGAAAGAAAACCUAUAGUAGAGUAGUUACAAAAAUAAUUUAAAAGACUAAGAUUAGGGGGGAAAAAAAUGGACCAGAUGAUAUCCCAUGUUACACGUUUCGAAGGAGGGACCGUGUACAUUUGUGCAUAGACUUCACUAUCAGUUGACUGGACAUGGGGCUCGGGGCCGAUCCGUAGGGGGCCUAUUUUCAAAAACUUAAAAUUCUAAUAUUUUCAAAUCUAAAGCCGCUAGCAACCGAAAACCAAAACAGACACCUCCCUUUGGCAUAUAUGAGUCUCCAUGAGCAGCGACUUAAGAAAAAGUCGUUCCCUAAUAAAAUCUUGAUUAUUUUUUCUACAAGUAAAACAAAAAUUAAAAUGGCUAUAAAAUGCUCAAAUUUUACGCCAGACACACUAAAAAAAUCACCAAAUGCAGAGAUAAUCACCUACAUUUUCAGGUUCAAUAGCAAUAUUUAACAUAUAUGUUUUUGCCCAAAAUAGAAAACUUAAUUUUGUGCAUUUUCAACAGCUAAUAAAUCACUCAAUUUUCACAUUGGAAACUUAAAUCAUGCAGAAUCAUCUUAAUUUUACUCAACAAUAGCAGAAUUAGCAUUUUUCUAUAUACGAUCACAUAACUUAUUUAGGUUGAAUUCCGCUAGAGAUACAAAAUCCAACAUGGCGGCCGUCACAAAACAAAGAGCUUUUAAAGUACUAAAUUCUUGCAAAUAAAUGCUUAAAUAGAAAUAGAAAUUUCUAUAAAUAUGAAUGUAAAACAGUCUAGAUUCUUGGCUAAAAGCAAAAAACGGGCAGCUAUCAUUCAUUUUACAUAGAUAUUUUAAAGCAAAGUCAAGGUAUUGUUUAAUCCAACAUGGCGGCCGUCACAAAACAAAGAGCUUUUUAUGUUUAAAAUUCUUGCAAAUAAAUGCUUAAAUCACGGAAUUUCUAUAGAUAUGGACGUAAAAAAAUAUAGAUUCUUACUUUAAAGCAAAAAACGGGCAGUUAUCAUUCAUUUUACGUAAAUAUUUCAAGCCAAUGUUGCGGUAUUGUUUAAUCCAACAUGGCGGCCUUCAUGGAACAUAGAGCUUUUAAAGUUGAAAAUUCUUGCAAAUAAAUGCUUAGAUCCCGGACUUUC